AUGGGCAGCGGCGCGCGCGAGUGGCGACGCAUACACGCCGAACUGCGCGAAAAGUAUAAGAUGAAGACGGUGUCGGCGAAGGAGUGCGUGCAGAUGAUGGCGCGACAGAGGGCGGUGUUGCUGGACGUGCGGUUCCAGCCGGAUUACGAGCAGUGGUCGGUGCCGGGAAGCGUCAGCGUGCCGUACGUCUCGGGAGGGAUCCUGGCGAAGAUGCGCCUGCCGGGAUUUAAAAAGGUGAACGCGAAUUUCGUGGAGGACGUCGAACGCGCGCUGCCCGAUAAGACGACGAAGAUUAUUCUGUGCGAUAUUUGGGGCGGGUCGCUGGAGACGCAACCGCCGGAGAAUAAAUCCUUCACCGAUCCCACCAAAGGCGCGGGGUCGCUUCCGGGGGCGUUCGAGCUGUAUCAGGCCGGGUAUAAUAAUCUGUACCACCUGCGCGGUGGGGUGAACCAGUACUACGAGGAUUGCGAAAAGGACAAGAGUUUGCCAGAGCCCGAUCCCAAGACGUGGCCGGGAAAUCUCGAGUGGUUCGGCUAUAGGCAAUUCAACGGCAAGGAUCGCGCGCGCGGUCAGCGCGACGACUGA